GCUGGUUGGAGCUUGUGCUUCUGAGCAGUUAGGCUGGAGCCUCAGGCUGCAGCAAAGGUCACAAUCCGCUUCGUCAGACUAAAGAGAACACUGGACAGAACCAUCAGCCAGAAGAGAUCCAGACACUGACCAUGCAGCUCAGACACAUUGGGGACAGUGUCAAUCACAGGAUGAUUCAAGAGCAUUUUCCACAGGAAGUUGGGAACGUGCUGGUUCCACUCGUGGCGCUCAUGUUCAUGAGAGGCCAGGUGCUGCUGCGAUUUUUCUGGAACAACCAUUUGCUGUAAAGGACAGACAGACAAGCCCCACCCUCCAGCUGCUUCCCAGGGGGCAGGAGUCAACGCUGCGCGCUGGCGCUGGCGCUGGCGCUGGCGAGGGCCCCAAACCCUCUCAGACCUCUCCGACCUCUCCGACCCCUCUGCCUCCCACCAUCCAUGUCUGGGCUGGUUUGCUGAAGUUGCUGAUUGGAUGUCUGUAGUCUACAGAUGGUGGGCACCACCCGAGAAGUCAGGGAGCCUGGGAGGCCUAGGCACACAGGAUGUCAAGAGUAACUGCUAUGAACCUUUCCCCAAAUCUCUGGGGCCUCUCCCUGGGUCAUGCCCUCUGACCCUCUAUCCCCAUAUCUAGAUCUUCAUUAAGAACCUGGUCUGCUUGGGCCCCAGAUCCCACACUUUGCUCAGCAAGCUCGCCUUCUAGGGAGUCAGAGGCUGGGACAGUUACCCCCCUCCUCCCAGGCUCGCCCAAGGCCCAGCAGGAUGUUGUGUUGGUUUCCCGGGCUUUCUCUGUCUCAUAGCCUCUCCCACCCCUCUUAAAAGAAUUUCUGGUCCUAAGAACAUUCGUUAGUAAUUACAAGUCCUGUGUGUACACAUCCUGAGUUUUUAGUAUUUAGUGUAUUUUAAGAAGCGAAAUAAAUAUCUUAUUGAGCACAA